AGAUAGAGAUUAGGUAAUGGCGACGGGGUUGUUCAAGUGUUAUAAUAUGGUGUGGGAAGUCAAGGCAAAAGAUAUGCCCAACGCUGUGCAGAAGGUCCAAUUGGUUAUGGAUAACAGGCACACAGGAAUGAAUGAAACUUUGGAAAUGUUGAAGUGCAAUGAGCAUAUUCCAUCCUCUCCUGGAUAUGAAUCAUCUGAUGAUCAUAUGGAGCUUGAUGAUAUUCCAGAAUUGCGAACUGUGCCGACUAAUUCCACAUCACCUGAGGUUUUCCACCUUGACUCAGGUAUUUCACACCAAGAAUAUUCAGUGCCUUCAUGGAGCCAAAAUACCUCAGGCAUCUCUGAAAAUGAAUAUUCGUGUGCUACUGGCAUGAAUUGGCUGACUGAGCUGGCAAAUAUAGCCACAGGCCCUCAAAGUCCCUUGAUGCAAUGUUCAUUCUAUAACAGAUCAUCACCUGUUCAUAUAAUAGCUACCAGUAAAAGUUUACAUUCCUACGCCCGCCCUCCACCGGUCUCCACAGAGAGUAAAUCAAAUGUCUCCAAAAGUCAUUGGCGAGAGGAAAAAGCAGUCCGGCAUGAACGAACCAUCAGUGAAUCAGAAUCUGGCAUCUUCUGCAUGUCUUCAUUUUCCGAUGAUGAUGAUUUAGGAUGGUGCCAUUCUUGGCCACAAACUGUUUGGCAUUGCUUUCUUAAAGGAACUCGUUUAUGCUUCCAUAAAGGACGCAAAAAACAGUGGCAGGAUGUUGAAGAUUUUGCCAAAAGCACAAGAUGCAGAAAUGAGAGGGGAAUUGACUCAGGCACAUACAAGGAUUAUGGUUCAGACGGUCUCAAGUUGGUUUCUUAUGAGGAGUGUGUUUCUUACGGAGAGUCCGUUCUGCAGCUUACGUUUGAUCCUGGUACAACUGAUGUAGGUUUGCUAACAGUGGAGUGCAAACUGGACCACCCAUAUUAUGUGAAAAAUAAAGGUUGGUCAUCUUUCUACCCAAGUCUAACUGUGGUUCAGCAUGGUAUUCCCUGUUGUGAAAUUCAUGUUGGAGAUGUAUGUCUACCUCCUGGACACCCAGAUGCCAUAAACUUUGAUGAUUCUGGUGUUUUUGAUACAUUUAAAAGUUAUGACUUUACCCCAAUGGAUUCCUCUGCUGUGUACGUGUUAAGUAGUAUGGCUCGUCAGCGCCGUGCUUCAUUCAGUGGAAGAGCAAGCAGUCCAGAAUCAGAGAGAUCUGAAUAUUGUAAGGAUUAUGCAUCUCCCAGAUCUCCACAGACCUCCCACAGCCCAUUAUAUAAUAAGACUGGCAGGAAUCACACCUCAGGAACUGCAAACCCUGCACCUGUUACAUCACCCAACAAGUGCAAAAGACCAAUGAAUGCUUUCAUGCUUUUUGCCAAAAAGUACAGAGUUGAAUAUACUCAGAUGUAUCCAGGAAAAGAUAACCGAGCCAUAAGUGUGAUACUUGGAGACAGGUGGAAAAAGAUGAAGAAUGAGGAAAGGAGGAUAUACACUAUAGAAGCAAAAGCUCUGGCUGAAGAACAAAAACGUUUAAAUCCCGACUGUUGGAAGAGGAAAAGGACAAAUUCAGGUUCCCAACAGAAUUAAAGAAGAACAUUGCUGAAUCCUUGUGGAAGUGCUGUACGGCUGCAUCAAUGAGAAAAAAACCUCACAUUCACAAUAUUUUCUGUUCACAAAGACCGAGAAACGUUCUGUCAUAUAAAUGGAUGGAAUGAGUGAAGGUUUUUUUUUUUUUUUAAAGAAAAAAAAUUAUAUAUAGCAUUAAGUAUGCAAAUAUCAAUAUUUAAACCAAAUUGCCUUAUUUUUGAAAAUAUAUCAGGUAACAGGCUUGAACAUGGAUAUCCUGUGGUGCUAAAUGAGGUGUAUCAGCAUAUUGUUUGACUACAGAUAAAAAGGGCAACUUAUAGAACAUAUAACUGCUGUUUGUUGACCCUACUGCUUAUUAAUAUGUAUUGCAUAAAUUAUCUCGGACGUUAGAACUUGUAAUUUUUCUGACAUGAUAUUUUAAUGCAAAGUGCAUGAGCACUAACUGACUAUCCAGCGCCACUGAGCUUCUUAUACUAAGGCAGGUGCAUCAUUCACUUUCUUGUAGGCAGAGAAGCCUGACGUUAAUUCAGACCUCGCCAAGGAGUUAAAAGCAUACGGCUUAGUUAUGUAGUUUGCUGAAGAAUCUACAAAGAUUGUAUUUUGCUAGAGAAAAUGUCAUCUAUCACGUGGGGCCGACCUUGCACUUAUCACUGGUGCAACACUUGCACUUUACUUUUCUUGCAACUGUCAGAUUGAACAGCUGCAUUUCUUUGUUGUGUUGUAGCCGUAUAGCUGUGACCUGCUGCAAUCAAGGCUAUUUGUGUUACUAUUCAAGAAUCACAGCUGUAAAACAGUUUGUCUGGAACUUGUGGAAACAUAAUUAUUGCCCCUAUAAUUUUUGCACACUAUAUUCUUGUAUAUUUCAAAUAAAUUUGUUCAACUAA